CGUUCCUGCACCCCGUCCACCACCCCCAAUUUAACCCCCAGAUCCCUGCUUGGACCAUGGGAACUCGGGAGAGGAUUGGAGCACCCAGCGCUCUGAGCUGCUCCAAACCCAGCACAGAGCUGAAACCUCCCUCCUCCUGCAGGGCAAACAGGACCCAGAUCUUUUUAUUUCCGUGCCUUCCCCCCUCUCCCAGCUCACCCCUAAUUACCGAACUCAGCCCCAUUAGAGCCAAGAGCCACAGAGGCCACCAGGAGCCGGGGUUUUAUUUUAUUUCUGUUUUUUCCCUCACAACAAAGCGGGCGAGCAGAGAGCCCCGCGUGCCUCAGCGCUCACAGGGCCUCUUGUCCCCUCGAGUGCCGCACAGCCAUUAACGCUAAUUAAACCUCUCGGCGUCCCUUUUCAGGCGGCUUAAGAGGAGCACUGGGAAUUGGAGAGGGAUCCGGGAGCUCCAGGGAUGCGGGAGAGGCUGCGGCUGCGGCUCCCAGCGCGGAGGAGCGGGGCCUUGUUGGGAUCGCAGCUGUCAGGCACCUAAAAAUCCUCACAAAUCCCUUUUCCUCCUCUGGGAAUUUUUAGAGGCUCCCGCAGGGAACUUUGCUGGCUUUAUCCAGGAUGCUCCCAGGCACAGACUGGAGCCUGCUCAGGGCCCGGCCACCCUGGGGGUGCAGCCUGACCCUCCCGGCGCCGCUCUCAGGUGCUGUCCCUGUCACAGAGCGCUGGGGACGGCUCUGAGAUCCCCCCCAGUCUGUUCCCACCCCCACAGCCCCAAACCGGGGGGCUCUGCCACCACCCCCAGGUGGCUUCUCCUGGCUCACGCCGUGUCCCCGUGUCCCCAGGCUCGCCGCUCCCGGCCGCACCGAGGGCCGUGCUAUGAUCUGGCGGCGCCGGGAGCAGCAUGGGCAGCGUCAGCAGCCUCAUCUCCGGCCACAGCUUCCACAGCAAGCACUGCCGAGCCUCCCAGUACAAGCUCCGCAAGUCCUCGCACCUGAAAAAGCUCAACCGCUACUCGGACGGGCUGCUCCGCUUCGGCUUCUCGCAGGACUCCGGCCACAAGUCCGGCUCCAAGAGCAGCAAGAAUGAGGAUUUCUUUUACAUCAAGGUCAGCCAGAAGUCGCACGGCUCCCAGCGGCCGGACUACACCGCCCUGGGCGGCGGGGAGCUGGGAGUGCCCGCCGGGAGCAGCGGGCUGGACUUCGGGACGCCCACGCCGCAGAAGCUGAUGCCCUUCCCCAGCCAGCUGGAGGUGGGCGGGGAGAAGCCGCUGCCUCGUCCCACGGCCUUCAAGCCGGUGCUGCCGCGCUCCGGGGCCAUCCUGCGCUCGUCCCCCGAGAGCGGGGGACCCCUGGCCCAGCAGCUGCACCCCCCGGAGAAGGCCAAGGAGCAGGAGCUGCGGCCGCUGCCGUGCUCGGGGGGCCUGUCCGACUCCGGCCGCAACUCCAUGUCCAGCCUGCCCACGCACAGCACCAGCAGCAGCUACCAGCUGGAGCCCCUCGUCACCCCCAUGGGCCCCAUCAGCCGCUUCGGGGGCUCUGCCCACAACAUCCUGCAGUGCGCCAUCAUCCAGGACAGCAACAUGAUGAGCCUCAAGGCCAUGUCCUUCUCCGACGGCGGCAAUAAGAUCCUGAACCCCGGCAAGGCCCCCCACCACCACCCCGCCGCCGAGAAAAGCACCUGCGUGCGCUCGCCCAUCGCCACGGACGAGUCCACCAUCCAGGAGCUGGAGCAGAAGCUGCUGGAGAGGGAGGGGGAGCUGCAGGAGCUGCAGUCGAGCUUCGAGGAGAAGGAAAUCAGCUCCUGCCAGGCCUACGAAGAGAAGCAGCGGCGCUGCAAGGAGGAGCUGGAGGGGCUGAAGCAGAAAUGCAACAGCAAACUCAAGCAAACCUCGCAGAAGACGCAGCGGACACAGCAGGUGCUGCACCUGCAGGUGUUCCAGCUGCAGCAGGAGAAGCAGCAGCUGCGGGAGGAGCUGGAGAAACUCAUGAAGGAGCAGAACCUGCUGGAGACCAAGCUGAGGUCCUACGAGAAGGAGAAGACCAGCUUUGCCCCAGCACUGGAGGAGACACAGUGGGAGGUGUGCCAGAAAUCCGGGGAGAUCUCGCUGCUGAAGCAGCAGCUGAAGGAGUCACAGACCGAGCUCACCACCAAGACCACGGAGAUCCUGAGCCUGAAGGCGCAGCUGAAGGAGGUGAGGCUGAAGAUGGAGGGGCUGGAGAUGAAGACCCAGGAGCUGGAGGUGUCGCUGCGCACCAAGGCCAUGGAGCUGGAGGUGUGCGAGAACGAGCUGCAGCGCAAGAAGAACGAGUCGGAGCUGCUGCGGGAGAAGGUGAACCUGCUGGAGCAGGAGAUCCUGGAGCUGCGCUCCGAGCUCGCCGUGCUCCGCGAGCAGCUCAGCGAGGGGCCCCGGCCGGGCGGGGACGAUGCCCAGGCCCUGCAGGGGCAGCUGGAGAGGCUGCGGGCGGAGCUGCAGGCCGAACGUGACAACAACGAGCAGAUGAGCUGCAGCUUCCAGCAGGAGCGGCAGACGUGGAAGGAGGAGAAGGAGAAGGUGAUCCACUACCAGAAGCAGCUGCAGCAGAGCUACCUGCACAUGUACAAGAGGAACCAGAGCCUGGAGAAGAUGCUGCAGCAGCUGGCGGCGGGCGAGGACGGCAAGGAGCCCAUCGAGCUGGAGAUCCCCGGCGCCGACGUCCCCUACGAGGACAUCAUCGCCACCGAGAUCUGAGCUGCCGUCCCCUCCUCGCAGCCCGGGGAGACGCUCGGCCCCCUUGUACAGCCGAGCUGAGCCGUGUCCCCCCUGUCCCGUCGUGUUCCAGAGGUGACCAAGCCACU